CACCCGAGGAGAUGUCUUCAGAGCGGCCUGUCUCUCGGUACCGCGAGGUGGUCAAGUCGCCGCCCAACGCCCGACCGAAGCCGCGGGACGUGCGCUUCGAGCAGAAGCUGACGGGCGAGGGCUACCAGCGGAACUGCCUCCUUUGAGCAUCAGCUUCACCCCCAAUCUUCGUCAUACAUGUUUGAGCCUCCUGAUCACAUACGCAAAAUGGAUGAGAUGCCUCACAGACAGUGACAUGUGCAAGUUCGCAACUCCAAUGUGCUUCAGAGGUAUAAUAUUCGAACUUUUAGCACUGACAACCUCACUGAAUUCUGACUGUGGUACAUGGCAGUGACCGCAGAUGUACUCAUAAGGAGGCCUCCGUGAUGAAUUGUGUCUGCUGCAAGGAUAUACUGGGGAGCUAUCAAGAAAAGAAGGAGCCAUAGUGCCUGGGCACCUCGCUUGCACACGGAGGCUGAGUAUAAACACCGGGAAACACAUCCGGCCUCUCCUGGGACUUUUUACAGCCCAAUCAGCCGCGAAAGCCAAGACCGGGCCAUGAAACCGCCCAGUUCAGAUUUGUUCGUUGGUGCUAGUUGCGAAGCAGUGGCUUCGCAUGCGUCAGGAGCAGGGGCCUGCCUCGAACAAGCAGGCAUGUGUUUACUUUGAUGACAAUGACAAUCUCUGCGUGGUUGAUCUUCGUGGCAAGAAAGAGCUUCUUCAGACCAGCCCUUUUGCGACUGCACUUGAUGUUUGCCUGGUAUUUCUAGAUGAGGCUCAUAAUCGUGACACUGAUUUGAAGCUGCCCGACAACUGUCGGGCCGCCGUCACAUUGGGGGCCAAUUUGACCAAGGAUCGCUUGGUUCAGGCCUGCAUGAGAAUGCGCAAGCUAGGCAAGGGCCAAACGGUAGUUUUUUGUAUUCCGGCCGAAAUCAAGGUCAAGAUCCUCAAGAAGGUUCACAAGGAUGAGGAAGAUAGCAUCGAGCUGGCUGACGUUCUGCACUGGGCAAUCACCGAGACGUGGGUUGACAUACAGCGCAGCAUACCACUGUGGGCGGUCCAAGGUCGUCGUUUUGGCCAUCAAAAGCACCUUUGGAACAAGUCCCACGAUGGAAACCUGAGUGUUGCCACUAUGUCCCCUCAGCAAGCCAUCAAAUUCCAGGAGGACAAAGCACAGACUAUUGAGAAUCUUUACAAGCCGGGCGAGCGCCAGAAAAAGCCUUGUUGUGCAGACGCCUCCAGCCACGAGGGCGCGUCCAGCAUAGUCAAGCACUGCGCGCAGUUCGGCGAUGUCAAUCUCGAUUGGGCCGUCCUGCAGGAAGAGCAGGAGCGCGAGCUUGCUCCCGAGAUUGAGCAAGAAGGGCAGGUUAAACGCCCACGACCUGCAAAGCCGGUCAUGCACACACUCGACCCCGUUAUCGUCAACUUUGCCAAGACGGGAGUUCUAACUGCCGGGUCUGCGUCUUUCAAGCCUGCUUUUAAGUCCCUGGAGCUACUCACCGCGGCCAAGCUUAUGCCCAAGUUGAGCGAAUUUCCUCAAGAUGUGUUGGUCACUCUAGACUUUGCCAGUACUGUCGAACUCGAGGCGACGGCCAAGCAAGACCAGUAUCUUCGCCCUGUCCAGUGGGUUCUGACAAGCAUGGGUGAUGGAGAUGACAGGUCCGGCGUUGUAAAGCACCUCGUCAUCAUCAGUCCUUUUGAGGCGCAGGCUUUGCUGGCCACUGUCAGGAACAACGCCAAAACUACUUUGCAUUUAUAUGCGCCGCGCUCAACACUUGGGUUUGAGAGCCUUGAAGAUCUUCGCCUCUACCCAACACCUGCUCUCCCAGCCGAAUGGUCCGUGCCUAGGCAUUUGAUCCUCCAGUUGAACCUCUUUGCCGGCCAACUUUACAUCUCAUCCUUUGCCGACUAUACGGCCCUUUGUGACAUGCUCGGAUUGGACUGGGAGGGUGGUGGGAAAGACGGAAUGGUGGUCUGUGCUGACGGCUUCGUCGACCCGGCAUCGAACCCUGGAAAGACCCUCAAGCAUUCUUUUGAGCAUAGUCCCGUCAGUUUCCUUAAGGUAUACCUGACAAAGGUCCGCCGUGACUGCGAGUCGAUCGAAAAGACCCAUAUGGGCAAGAUCCUGAAUGCCAUCGUCCUUCGACCUAAGUACUUUUAG